UCGAAAAUGAUUUUACAUCUCGUCACAAUAGGCAUUAUUGUAUGUAGUUUUCUGACACUUGGUGUGUCAGGAGAGAGGAUGAUGGGCAUAGGCAGGUGGUCAGUGUCAGACGUGCAGCCGUGCGCGAACGACGCGGAGAUGCCGUGGAUGAUGCGCGUGCGGCGACACGAGCUCAACCACACACACGACGCUUAUGACGCUGAUGUCAACACAUUAGCCGAUUUCGACGAUUCAGUCGGAAUAAACAUAAAUACAUGCAUGAUGACGGACGGGGGAUGCGAACUUUUCAAGAUGUUGAGUUUUGGCUGCGCGCGUAUACUAAUAUAUUUUGCUGCGAGAGAUAACGUAAGGAGAGCACUUGAGGCCGUCGGCUUAGAUCCGCCAGACUUCCCCAUACCCCAAGGAGAGUACCACGUAGAAAACUUCGUGUUGGAUUUAAGCCACCUGAAUAACCACAGCUUAUACGGCAACUUCAGUUCGGAGGUCAUCUUAUGGAAGGAGGGGCAGGAUGUGGCGUGCUUGAAGGUUGCCCUCAGGUUCGAGCCACUCGAAGACGGGUCACCGCCGGAAUGAUUAUCGAAUGGCUCAUUUGUUAGUUAUAAUUUAAAUUUUACAACUCUUAUUACUUAUACCUCA